AUGAGCAGAGGUCACGAGUAUAAACACCCAUUGACUCAAGCAGCCUCAAUUGUUCACCUUCACCCCAUUGUCUCCACCGCUAAGAACUCAGCUUAUAAAACUCGCCAUGUCACAACGCAAAUGUCCGAGAGAUCACCAAGUCCCAUACCUCACAAGGCGUUGCCGCAAGUGAAAGCUGGCCUCCCCGAGUGCUUCUACUGUGGUCUCUUUGGUCACUGGUUCAAGGCUUGUCCCGAUAGGCUAGCUUUCUUAUCAAAAACUGGCGUGCCACGAGAACAUUGGCAACUUCUCAAAAAUGGCAAGUUCUACAAUAUCACCGCCAUUCGGCCCAGCAUCUUAGAAGCCAAGUUAGGAUCAUCACAACCAUUGCUCACACAGCUCACCUCAGCGGCCAGUAUUGAUGAUGAGAUAGAGGCCCACUUGGAAGCCUCCAAAGAGGCCUUUCACAAAGCGUUUGAAGCUUUCGUUCCUGACGUAACCUCCGAGGGCAUGACUGCUGAAAGUUUCAGCCAAUAUGAAGCUGAAGUGUUUGCCGCAUACAAAGCAGCCGCCGCCCAAGCGGCCAACAAACACCUUGCUUCCAUCCAAAAUCCCAAGGAUGGUGUUGUAGGUGAAGAAGACGGGCUUGAUUGA